CUCCCUGGCGCAGGUGAAGGCGGGGCGGAGUCGCUUUCAGUUUCGGGCAUUGUGGGAAGGCAGGAUGGGCGGCGGGGCGCGCACCUGGCACUGAGGGGGCAGCCGGGGCGAGCCGCCCGGAGCAGUGACCAUGAUACGCUUUAUACUGCUGUUCAGCCGACAAGGGAAAUUAAGACUUCAGAAGUGGUACAUAACGUUACCUGACAAAGAAAGGAAAAAGAUCACACGGGAAAUUGUUCAGAUUAUUCUGGCUCGCAGUCAAAAGAUGAGCAGUUUUGUCGACUGGAAAGACCUAAAGCUAGUUUACAAAAGGUAUGCUAGUUUAUAUUUUUGCUGUGCAAUAGAAGACCAGGAUAAUGAGCUGCUGACACUAGAGGUUGUUCAUCGUUAUGUAGAACUACUGGACAGGUAUUUUGGAAAUGUGUGCGAGCUGGAUAUUAUCUUUAAUUUUGAAAAGGCUUAUUUUAUUCUUGAUGAGUUUAUAAUGGGUGGAGAAAUACAGGAAACAUCAAAGAAAUCAGCAGUGAAAGCCAUAGAAGAUUCUGAUAUGUUACAAGAGACAAUGGAGGAAUAUAUGAACAAACCUGCAUUUUAACUUUAAAACCUCCUGGAGGGACAGAGAUGCUGCUUACUAUCUGUAAAAUUCACUUGUUGAAAUUGCUUUUCUAUGUGCCAGAGCCUCUGAGAAAUACCAAAAACCAAUAACUAAAGGGAUUUGUAUAUUAGUCAAAAUGAAGGUCAGCCCCAAUAAUGUAUAUUGUUCUAUAUAGGAGUUUCUUAAAACUGUUAUUACACUUAAUCUAGCCACUAUCCUCCUCCUAGACUAAAAACUAGUUUUUAUACAAUGGCUUUUAGCUAUGAACUUUUUCAGUCUAAGAAAAUAUUUGCAAAAGAUAUUUAUACUAGUUUUGGUCCAUCAUUGAUUGCAUCAGUAUACUUUUGUAAUAGUAUAUUUUUUGAAUGUAAUGAUUAUUCUGGUCUAAUAAUAAUAAUUUUUCUUAAA